GUGGAUGCAGUAAUAUAUAGAGUUAGGGUGGAUGGAGUAAUAUAGAGAGAGAGUUUGGGUGGAUGCAGUAAUAUAUAGAGUUAGGGUGGAUGGAGUAAUAUAGAGAGAGAGUUAGGGUGGAUGCAGUAAUAUAUAGAGAGAGUUAGGGUGGAUGCAGUAAUAUAUAGAGAGAGUUAGGGUGGAUGGAGUAAUAUAUAGAGUUAGGGUGGAUGGAGUAAUAUAGAGAGAGAGUUAGGGUGGAUGCAGUAAUAUAGAGAGAGUUUGGUGGAUGUGUAAUGGUAGGAAGUACACAGUCAAAUUUGAUGAUCACAGACUUCCUUCCUGACUUGUGGUGAUAGCAUGUAUUUUGUGUUUUCAGCCUGACAGAAGGGGAACAAGAAAGAGGAGAGAAAAAGGACUGAGUCCUGUGUAGACGGCCGGACGGACAAGAGGUCAGUCAGACAGGCGGACAGACAUACAGUCAGAUAAAUAGACAGACAGGCAGUAAGACAGACAGACGGACAGGCAGACAGACAAAAUAGCUAACAAAAUCACUUCUUGUGGAUUUAAGAAGAUCAAGGUUAAAAGGAGAAUAAACCCAUCUCAUAAAGUGGAUUAUCCCAAAGGUCCAGAACACCAGAUUCUUCAGUUCCCUUCGAAAAUGGCGUCAGACCUCUCCAUCUCCACCGCUUCCCCCCAGCUCCCCUCCACCCUUUCUCGUGUCUCCUUCACCCUUCCUCUCUCCAUCUCACACCAGAUCGGUAUCUCCAUUCUGGUCCUGGCCUUUGUCUUUGGUUUCCCAGGCAACCUGUUCGUGGUGUGGUCAGUGCUGUGCCGCGUGAGGCAUCGCUCUGUCACGUGCCUGCUCGUCUUAAACCUGGCCGUGGCCGACGCCCUGGUGCUGCUAAGCGCCCCGCUCUUCCUGCACUUCCUGGCAGGCAGGCGAGGCUGGGAGUUCGGGGCGAUGGCCUGUAAGACGGUACACUACCUGUGCUGCGUCAACAUGAACGUCUCCAUCUACCUGAUCUGCUUGAUGAGCAUGGAUCGCUGGCUGGCCGUGGCGAGGCCCUUCCUGUCACAGAGGAUGAGGACCAAGAAAACCCUGAUGGCUGUUCUGCUGGGUAUCUGGGUGCUGGCAUUCGUCUUAGCUCUGCCCAUGCCCUUCUAUCGCAGUAACCUGAAGCCCUUCCUUCAUAAGAACAUCUCCAUGAGCAUCUGCAUGCCGUACCACUGGGGUAGUGUGGGUCACCAGGUGUUCCAGUACCUAUUCGAGACCGUCCUGGGCUUCUUCCUCCCCUUCACCUUCAUCAUCGUCUGCUACACCUCCGUCAUCUGCCGGCUACGCAGCGCCAUGUUCCAGCGCAAGGGACGAGGAAACCGUCUCAUCCUCCUCAUCAUCGGCGCCUUCGCUCUCUUCUGGCUGCCCUACCACCUGGUCAACAUCUUACAGGUGAUUGGUCUGCUGGCUGGCAACGCCAUUCUCACCAAUGCUGCUCAAUCGGCCCGUCCCAACGUCACGGCGUUCGCCUUCCUGAGCAGCAGUGUGAACCCUGUGCUGUACGUGUUUGCCGGCAGCUCCCACAUCCGCCAGGCCGGCCUCAGCUUCAUGGCCAAGCUGUUCGAGGGCACCAACUCCGAGGGAGGUACCUCCGCCUCCUUCUCCCGCAGCACGAGGUCCAGCCGGAGUGGUUCCACAGCCCCAGAUGAGAGCUCCGCCCUGCGCUCGCUGACACUCAAGCUGGGGUGGUUGGGGAAGGACAAGGAUGGGGGUGGGGAUAGUGGAGUGGAACUGCGUGGAGUUGAGGUCAAGGUUAACUCCAAGCAGGAGCUCAAGACUUUGACAUCCAUUGAUCAGUCAGAGUAGUGUUUAUUACAUUUUUUUACAAUUUUUUGCGGCCUACUGUAUUACUCCUAGAUUAUUAUUCGUAUUGAAUGUAUUUCAUGAACAGAUUUGUGAUAUAUGUAUUUCAUAGGAAGUGUGUCUGUGAGGUUGCCUUCAUGCAAUUUCUGAAUUAAAAUAUUAUACCAUUAGUUAAUAAAGUUUUCACAUGUUGACAAAUCGAGUCAGAUUAGCGAUUUCUUCAAGGAAGGAACGGUUCUAGACACUGACAUGCGAGGUCUAGCCAAAUGACGUCAGUGACUGGAGCGGUGUUUGGAAACUCACAUUUCCAUGAUGACCUCACUAAUGCAAUUGCGGGUAAUUAUUAGAAAAUGUUCCGGGUAGGUGAUGCAAUGGAGACCAGUAGCCGAUUUUAGUUGCACCAUUAUUCAGAUUUGUGAUAUAUUGCCUUCAUGCAAUUUCUGAAAUAAAAUAUUAUACCAUUAGUUAAUAAAGUUUUCACCUGUUGACAAAUCGAGUCAGAUUAGCGAUUUCUUCAAGGAAGAGGGGAAGGAACGGUUCUAGACACUGACGUCAGAGACUAGAGCGGUAUUUGGAAACUCACAUUUACAUGACGACCUCACUAAUGUAAUUGUGGUUAACUAUUAGAAAAUGUUCCGGGUAGACGGUUUAAGUUGCACCAUUAUUCAAAUACUUUAAACACACACAAACAUUACAUUCAGUGACUUCUAGUUAACCUAACAUAGUGUGACAAACAACAAUUUGGUGGAAUUGGAUAAUUUUUUGCUAUCAACGGUGUCAUAAAACGGGCAGUGAAACACCCCCACAUACUGUAGUAAGAUAAUGAAACAGAUUUGAUCUUAUGCCUCUGUCGACACCCUAACAAUAUCUGUGUGCUAGAGUUCGUGACCCUAACUGCAAGGCAAGACCACCUGUACCACAGGAGAUAACUAUUUCUAAUAGUUUUUUCCAUCUACGUAACAUUGCAAAAAUCAGAAAUUUUCUGUCCAAAAAUUAUGCAAAAAAAUUAAUCCAUGCUUUUGUUACUUCUAGGUUAGACUACUGCAAUGCUCUACUUUCCGGCUACCCGGAUAAAGCACUAAAUAAACUUCAGUUAGUGCUAAAUACGGCUGCUAGAAUCCUGACUAGAACCAAGAAAUUUGAUCAUAUUACUCCAGUGCUAGCUUCCCUACACUGGCUUCCUGUUAAGGCAAGGGCUGAUUUCAAAGUUUUACUGUUAACCUAUAAAGCGUUACAUGGGCUUGCUCCUACCUAUCUUUCCGAGUUGGUCCUGCCGUACAUACCUACACGUACGGUCACAAGACGCAGGCCUCCUAAUUGUCUCCAUUUUUAUGGAAUGGUCUGCCUACCCAUGUGAGAGACGCAGACUCGGUCUCAACCUUUAAGUCUUUACUGAAGACUUAUCUCUUCAGUAGGUCAUAUGAUUGAGUGUAGUCUGGCCCAGGAGUGUGAAGGUGAACGGAAAGGCUCUGGAGCAACGAACCGCCCUUGCUGUCUCUGCCUGGCCGGUUCCCCUCUCUCCACUGGGAUUCUCUGCCUCUAACCCUAUUACAGGGGCUGAGUCACUGGCUUACUGGUGCUCUUUCAUGCCGUCCCUAGGAGGGGUGCGUCACUUGAGUGGGUUGAGUUACUGACGUGAUCUUCCUGUCUGGGUUGGCGCCCCCCCUUGGUUUGUGCUGUGGUGGAGAUCUUUGUGGGCUAUACUCGGCCUUGUCUCAGGAUGGUAAGUUGGUGGUUGAAGUUAUCCCUCUAGUGGUGUGGGGGCUGUGCUUUGGCAAAGUGGGUGGGGUUAUAUCCUUCCUGUUUGGCCCUGUCCGGGGGUAUCAUCGGAUGGGGCCACAGUGUCUCUUGACCCCUCCUGUCUCAGCCUCCAGUAUUUAUGCUGCAGUAGUUUAUGUGUCGGGGGGCUAGGGUCAGUUGGUUAUAUCUGGAGUACUUCUCCUGUCUUAUCCGGUGUCCUGUGUGAAUUUAAGUAUGCUCUCUCUAAUUCUCUCCUUCUCUCUUUCUUUCUCUCUCUCGGAGGACCUGAGCCCUAGGACCAUGCGUCAGGACUACCGGGCAUGAUGACUCCUUGCUGUCCCCAGUCCACCUGGCCUUGCUGCUGUUCCAGUUUCAACUGUUCUGCCUGCGGCUAUGGAACCCUGACCUGUCCACCGGACGUGUUACCUGUCCCAAACCUGCUGUUUUCAACUCUUUAGAGACCGCAGGAGCGGUAGAGAUACUCUUAAUGAUCGGCUAUGAAAAGCCAACUGACAUUUACUCCUGAUUACUAUUUGUGAACAUUUAUGAACAUUUGAACAUCUUGGCCAUGUUCUGUUAUAAUCUCCACCCGGCACAGCUAGAAGAGGACUGGUUCCUCUCUAGGUUUCUUCCUAGGUUUUGGCCUUUCUAGGGAGUUUUUCUAGUUUUCUAGUUUUUCCUAGCCACCGUGCUUCUACACCUGCAUUGCUUGCUGUUUGGGGUUUUAGGCUGGGUUUCUGUACAGCACUUUGAGAUAUCAGCUGAUGUAAGAAGGGCUAUAUAAAUAAAUUUGAUUUGAUGAGUAGGAAAAACAGGUUUAUGCAGAGUGUAAGCAUCCUGCUCCGCUAGCCAUUCAUUCACUUGAGCAGCGCCUAACCUGCUACCUGUUUCUUUGGCUAUAUCUCUCUGGAGCCGCUCCUAACCCCCAUAAGACCCUGGGUUAGAGGGGGUAUAAUAAAUGUUUUUCAACAUCUGCUCCGCAAUCCUUCUUGCCUGUCUGAUGUACAAUAACAUUAAUGAGCCCCUUUCAAAUAACGACAACAUUUCAUUUUCACGUCAGCAUAUGUAGCAGGAUAUUAGUACCCGUUUUCUCAAUGACCCAUGCAUGCAACACCUUGUAUACUUGGUUUAUAUUUACAGGCUUGUAUCGCUGAAUUUUUAAAACACAUACAUCCGUUAUAUAAGUAUAUAAACAACAACUAUGAUACCUGUUACAAUUAAACGGUGUUUCAAACAAAUAAACUAAAAUCUUAGACA